ACCGGUUCCGGCGUUUAAAAUUGCUCCAUUUUUAUACCUACCCGCUCUCCAGAAUAUGAAAUGAAUUAGACUGAUGUCAGAUGUAUUGUGUGGGCAGUGUUUGAAUGUUGUGCAUAUUUGGUUUGUAAGAUAAGGUCAACAUUAUACACACCAAAAGACUUAGAGGAUGGCUCCAAAGAAACGGAGAAGAAAAUCUUUAGCAGUGUUGAAGAAUUUGCCUUUGUCCUUAAUGUGUGAAUGGGGAUCUUGCAGAGAAACAUUUUCAGACAUGGACCACUUUACCAAUCACUUGAAAUUACAUCUUACAGGAGUUACAACUAAUGGUAUUAUGGAGGAAGCCACAGAAUACAGCUGUCUUUGGAGGGACUGUGAAAUGAAGGUCAUUGGUCACGUGACAGAUUUUGUCAGGCAUGUCUACUUUCAUUCCUUCCACAUCAAAAUUAAACACGUGGGAAUGCAGAUGAUUGAGGGUAUGGAGCUUCAGGGCUGUCAGCUGGACGGACAGAGUCACAAUCUGAUUCCCGAGUUACCAGAAAGACUACAGUGUGGAUGGAGACACUGUGAGACAAUCAUGGAUAUCCCAGAGGCCUUUUAUCGCCAUGUUGAUGGUCAUGCUUCGAAUUUUCCAGAGGGAAAUAAUGUACCAGGAGGUUGCAAGUGUUCAUGGGAAGGUUGUGAUGCUGUGUCAAAAAGUCGAUAUAAAUUGCGGGAACAUCUCAGAAGUCACACACAAGAAAAGGUGGUAGCAUGUCCAAAUUGUGGAGGCCUUUUUUCAAACAGAACAAAGUUUCUGGACCACUUGAAGCGCCAAGAAGAAACUGAUGUACAAUGUUACCAGUGUUCACACUGUGACAAACGCUAUGCAACGGAAAGACUCUUGAGGGAUCAUGUGCGGCAUCAUGUGAACCAGUACAAAUGUCCUUGUUGUGAUAUGACCUGCCCUACACCCUCCAGUUUGAAAACCCAUUUACGCUAUAGACAUACAACCCAGACUCCUUAUAAAUGUGAUCACUGUGGACAUGGGGCCAAGUCGCUUGCUGACUUGAAGAAACAUUUGGAAAGUCACAGUAUGGAUGUCCCAUAUCACUGCCACAUUCCAGAGUGUUCAUAUACCUCAAGAACGUUCCAAAGCUUAGAGAAUCACUUCAAACGAAUUCAUCAGGAUAUUGAUGUUCAAAAAUACAAGUGCCAUGUCUGCUACACUCUCUUUACCCGCGGAUCUAAUCUUACAUCUCAUCUGAAGAAAAAACACAAGUUCCGGUGGCCAUCUGGGCACUCACGAUUUAGAUACAAAAUGCAUGCGGAUGGAUACUGGCAGCUGCAGACUGUGCGAUAUGAAAGCAUCAAACUCGCGGAACAGAUGGAGAAUGUUCAGACUGAAGUAGUGGAUAAUAACCAGAUGUCGUCUCCAGAGAGUGAAGAGGGCAAUAAAAGAAAUAUAAAGAAAAGACGAUUACAUAAAAAAGAAAAGGAAAAUACUGCUUGUUCAUCGGAACCAAAGGAUGUGUUGCCUAGUGGUUAUCAGUACAUUUAUGGGUCAGAUCAGGAUGGUGGACUAACAAUCUCACCACAAGGAAAGGAUCUGUGUGUCGGUGAAACCAUUAAACAGUCUGCAGGACAUGAAUCUCAAACGGACACCAGAUUUCAGUAUGUCACAUUUGUAGAACUUCCCCCACAUUAUUUAUCUUCAUCAGACUUGAAGACUUCUGUGAAACAAGUCCCACAUGUGCCGUUAUAUGAAACUUUACAGCCUAUCACGGUUGGGAAUGAUGGUAUGGAUCACACCAAGGGUGUAACAAAAGCAACGCACUAUGACACCGUAGGUGAGAAUGAAAAAGAGGCUUCACCGAUACAAGGAUCUCAGUCGUUAGUGUUCGACAAUACAACUGAAACCUACAAUUUAGAAAUGCUUGGAGAUGUUGCUUUGAGAGCGCCUCUGGAGGACAAAUUUUCAAGUCCAGGAAAAUCCAGGAAAAGAAAACAAAUCAUGACCAACAAGUGUGAUGGAGAUAUUGCUGUAAAGAGCUCGCACUGCCUGAGACAAAAGUCCAGCAGACCAUUAAAACUGCAAAACUACCUUGAUCUAAAGUAUGAAAGCGAUUCAAACUUAGAAACUUGUCAAUAGUCCAUAGACACUUUGAGUCCACUGAAGUAGAUAGUCAAGACAGGCUUUUGUUUUAAAGUUAUAGUAUGUUUUGUACAAGAAUCCCCAUGCAGCUUGGUUUCAUCUUAUAUGAGUUGAAAGUGAGCUGUUGUGAAAGAAAUUUGUCGAUUCAAUUAUGCUUACUCUCCCCACCCCCCUGGUGUCAAGUUUUACAUAGAAAGUUUCUCAAGAACCACAACGGCACAAUAUAUCAGAUCAAUAUGCAAGUAUCUUUAUAUAUUUACAUUUCCUGGACCAAUGUUUUUGCCUUUGAUAUUUUUCUUAUCCAAUUGUCCUCAUGAAGUUGUGAACAAUUUUGGUAUGACUCUUGAUAUAAUAUAUCUAUUGUAAUGGCUGGGAAUUCUGAUGGAAAUUAUGUAAAUAUAUGCAAUAAACUUCAUUUUUGAAAAAAAAACAAAAAACAUGAGGAUAUGAAAUGCAAUGCUUCACUCUGCAUACUUUUCAUGAAGCACAAACGCUUCAUGAAGUACUGUGGAAUCAUCAUUGUUCGUGGGAGAUUGAUGUUCGUGGAUUUCGUGAGUCUCUCUUACCCACAAAUUUACAUGUCUUCGAACACUUUUUAAACCAAGUAGAAUAAUCUUUCCUAGUGACAUCGUAUUGCUUACCCACGAAAUUACGUCCUCACAAAUCAGCAAAACUUUGCCUACCCACGAACUUUGACCCCCACAAAUUAAACUGAUUCCACAGCAUACCGGCAGGAAGCAUCGCCGUUCAUGCCCUCAUGAAUUUCAUUUCUUAGGUAGUGUUCACACAAUGACCCUAUGAGUUUUGGUUGUGUUAGUGCAAGUUUAAUGGUUUGUAAAAUUACCAAAGAAUAUCUAGAAGAAAAUUCUUUAAAACUUGGUCUCUGAAGAACCAGAAAAUGUGUAAAAUUAAUAUGCAAGAGUGCUAUGGAUUUAAGUUUGUUCACAUUCUCUGUAUAGCAAGCUUUGGGGUCAUAAAUUGGGUUUGUUGUUUUACAUGGAAGAAUACAAUUACCAGGGAGAGCAAUGUGACCUUUUGUUAUUUUCAAAUUGAUUAAAAUUAGUUUUUCUGCUAUUUUCAGUGUUUUUGUCUUGAACUUGAAGUAUAGGAAAUGCAUCAUCUCUAAAUGUUUUUAAUUAUAUAUGUGUAACUGUAUUUGACUUUAUGAAAUAAAGUAAUUUAAGCUUUAAAAUUUC